AUGACAUAAAAAAAUUAAAAAUUCAGCAAUCUAGAAGAAUUUUCUAACUCUUCACUUUAAUCUCAUUAAGUUCUCAAUAUUGGUCUUUUCCGCAAGAAAAUUGGUGCAAUCGGAGCAUCAAACUUAGGUUCUGCUUUAGCAAAGUGCACUAAUCUCUCAAAUUUGACACUUGAUCUUCGUGGAAAUUAAAUUGGUGCAAUUGGUGCAUCAGACUUAGGUUCUGCUUUAACAAACUGCACUAAUCUCUCUAAUUUAACACUUUAACUUAAUGAAAAUUAAAUUGGCUAUGAAGGUGUAACAUGCUUAGUUUCUGCUUUAGCAAAGUGUAAAAACCUCUAAAAUUUGACACUUGAUCUUUACUUAGAAAUAAUUGGUAAUGAAGGUGUAUCAGGCUUAGGUUCUGCUUUAUCAAAGUUCACUAAUUUAUAAAAUUUGACACUUGAUCUUUCCUCUAAUAAUAUUGGUGCACUUGGUGCAUCAAACUUAGGUUCUGCUUUAGCAACGUGCACUAAUCUCUCAAAUUUGAUACUUGAUAUUUCUAACAAUGAAAUUAAAGCAAUAGGUGCAACAGGCUUAGCUUCUGUUAUCGCAAAAUGCACUAAUCUCUUAAAUUUGACACUUUUUAUUGGAAUUAAUUAAAUUGGUGAUGAAGGUUCCUAAGGCAUAGUUUCUGCUUUAUCAAAGUGCACUAAUCUCUCAAAUUUGUAACUUUAUCUUAAUAAUAAUAAUAUUGGAAAUGAAGGUAUAUCAGGUUUAGGUUCUGUUUUAGCAACUUACACUAAUCUCUCAUCUCUGUACUUAGAUCUUGAGUUCAAUAAAAUUGAUGGAAUUGGUGCAUCAGAUUUGUGUUCUUCUUUAGCAACAUGCCCUAUUCUCUCUAAGUUGGUACUAAUACUUAGGUCUAGUUAAAUUUAUGAUUAAGGUGCAUCGAGCUUAGGUUUUGCUUUAGCAAAGUGCACUAACCUCUCAAAUUUGACACUUGAUCUUCGAUCCUGUAAAAUUGGUGAUGAUGGAGCGUCAGUUUUAGGUUCUGGUUUAGGUAAGUGUAAAAACCUCUCAAAUUUGGCACUUGAUCUUUAUUGUAAUGAAAUUGGUGCUGGUGCAUCAGACUUAGGUUCUGGUUUAACAAAGUGCACUAAUCUCUAAAAUUUGACACUUUUUCUUAGUAAAAUAGAUUAAUCAUAAUAAUUGAAAGCUAAAAGUAAGUGUCUUAAAUCAAAAAGAUUGACUUAAUUUAAAAUAUAUUUCAUUUGA